UACGCGGAGUUCUGUUUCCCUAGUUUUAUCCCGUUAAAAUCGAAAUGUGAAAAAUGUGUUAGUCUUCCGUUAGUGCUUUUCGAAGAGAAUUGUGACUUUUUGACAAGACAAUAAUUUUAAAUUGGUGAGUUUUCCUAACAUACUGACACAUAAUGAACUUCUUUUGUACAAUCCUGUUGAUUUUAUCAUUUGUGUCAAGAGCUUACAUUUAUGGCAAAAGGUAUUUAUUGUAUGACGUGUUCUAUGGAGAAGGUUUUAAUUUGAGACGUGAUGUUUACAUUCGCGUCGCCAAUACUGUACGUCUUUUAAGAGAUCCAAGUCAAAUACCAAAAUUUGCUUUGGAUAACAUUGAUGUCAAAGAAAAUUUAACUGGUGAUGAUUGGACAUUAGUUUUACCGCCCUGGGGUCCACUCCCUCAUUGGUUUAAUGAUAGAUCAUAUGAAAAAUAUACAAAUCAUAGUUAUUAUUUUAAUAAUUGGUCAGCGAUCCCAUGGUCAGUGUUUUUUGAUUUGAAUAGUCUUUCAUUAUUUAUACCAGUUAUGGAUUUAAUGGAAUUUCAACGCAGUGUUGAUUCAAAACAAUCUUCAUUGAACAAUAAAUCAUUCAAUUAUCCAUUGAAAAUUGAUUUAGCUCUUCAAUUAGUUCGUGGUGAUUUUCAUAAACAAUUAAAACAAUAUUCAAAUGUCAAUAAGCGUAAAGUAGAUUUUUGUCCAUUUGGAAUACGUGAAUUAUAUCGAUUAAAUGACUCAUCAACAUCAACAUCUAAUCAACCAAUGGAAUUAUUUGAAGGAAAUAGUUUUAAUUUACAAAAUGAUCUAUUACCAAUGAUCGCAUCUGAAUAUGAUUGUAUUACUGGCGAUUUAGAACCGAUUCAUUUAGCGCCAUUUUUAAUUCAAUUAAUUCAAAACUCUGAAAAGCCGAUUUCAACAUUAUACUUAGGCUCAGCUCAAUCAAUCAUACAUGGUCAUUGGAGUGAAUGGAGUCAAGAAUAUUGGACUGUACGUCGUAGUAUGACAUUUGCAAAUCAUUUACGUAAAACAGGUGAUCAUUAUCGUGAAACUUAUUUACAUUCAAAUGAUCUGUCAGAUCGUACAAUGCCACCGUUAUUCGUUGAACAUCUCGGUCCUGGUUCACAUUGGUUACAUCCGAAAUGGCCACUUUCACCAGCAUUCGGUGGACCAUAUGUAGCUAUUCAUUGGCGUCGUGGAGAUUUUAUUACUACUACAAGUACUACUACAAGUAAUCGUACCGCUACAACAACAGCUCAACACAUUUUAAAUACUAUCAAAAUAUUUAAUCAAUAUGAAAAUCAUCCAAUCGAUAGAAUUUACAUAGCCACAGACACUGAUAAAAAAGAACUUGAAAAUUUGAAAAGUCUCCUUUAUCCAUUUCAAAUAUUUCAUUAUGAACCAAAUGAAUUCGAAUGGAAAUUGUAUGGCCCAGGUGGUUCGGCAAUUAUCGAUCAGUGGAUUUGUGCACAUGCCAGAUAUUUUAUCGGGACCAGUUUAUCCACAUUCACAUUUCGUAUUGUUGAAGAACGUUCCAUUAUGGGCUUUUUACCAAAUACUACAUUAAAUAAUUUAUGUACCAAUGGAUCAAUACAUUUAUAUAAACCAAAUCAUUAUAACGCUGAAUCAUUUACAACCGAUUGUCAAUCAUUAACUGAAUGGCCAGUGAUUUAUGAAAAACAAUAUACUACUUUAUCAUUGCCAAUAUCCACAUCACAAAUGAUUACCGAUAAACAUAUGAAAGAUGAAUUAUAACGGUGGAUGAAUUUCUUCAACAUAUAUUAUUGAUUCAAUUAUUUACUGGCUUUUUGUUUCCUGCUUCCCUUGUGUAUAUAUGUAUAUAUUUGUUGGGGAUGUUAGAUUCCUAGAACUCAAUUGAUAAAUAAAGGUCCUAAUUUUGGAUUUUAUAUUUUCGAGCAUACGCCGAUCAGUUGACCUUGAGAUUAUAUUUCCCACCUGGAAAAUCUGGGUUGGUUUGGGUGCUUGUAGAAUAAUACAUACACUUUCUACGUUUUCUCAAGACUUCUUGAUCUACUUCUUAGUGGGUGGGGCAUGGGGACGCUCGGAUUAGAAUAGUCUAUCGUGUCACUGGAUCAUUUGUCUUCGCGCUCUCGUUUACCGAGUAAAUUGAACUGGUAAUAUAGUCUCAAGCAUAUCACAACUGGUGGCAAACAUAACAAUAUUCUUCUCCUACUUUUGUGGAUGGCUUUCAUGAUGAGGAUUACUGUUUUCUUCGUGUGUGUGUGUGUGCGAGUGCAUGUGUGCAUGUGCAUGACUUUAACUGAUACUGUGAAAAUUUCAGAUUUUCA